AUUCUGAGCUACUCAAAGCUAAACGUCUUUGAAAAAGGAUUAAGAGAAAUAUUAAGAUUUAAAUUAAAACGCACUUUUUUAUAUCAAAUUAACUCGCAAUUUGCUUGUUUUGAUUAAAGUUUAUUAAAUGCGUAAAAGUCUUUAAGACGGAAUUGUCAAAAUUUCAUCGCAGUAGGAAGGAGAUAUAAAGAGAAGUUUAAGAGAAUCUUCUGUAUUUAUUGUGAAAGUAUUUGAAGAAGACAUAUCAGAAUUAAAGAAGAGUUCAAAUAGAACAUUUAAGUGAAAGGAGAAAUUGUUGAAAGAAUUUACAGCAGAAUUAUUAAACAAAUUCAGGACAUAUGGCACGCUCUAGAAUCCUCAUUCUUUUGUCUGCAAUUUGCAUUGUUUUCAUGACCCUUGGCAUCGACUCAAUUUCUUCCGCAGACGUUUCAAAUACAUCAUCAUCAGACAAGGUCAAAUAUGUACGAUGUCUUUUUACAACCAGCUACAAUUAUGGCUUAAUACGCGAUAUUUACACAUGUGAAAUAUCAGGACGACUUCAUAUUACACGACGUGCAACUUCAAUUAAUCGUAUUGACGGUUAUCACAUGCAAGGCAGAAAGACGAAUGAAGUUCAAGCAUUUAAAGGCGAUGCAUCAAUCAUCAAUUAUUUUCCUAAAGAUCUUGACAAGCAAUUCCCAAAUUUGCUCGUAAUUCUCUUGAAUCUCGUACAGUUAAAGGAAAUUCGUCAAACUGAUCUCAAACCAUUCACAGAUUUACGCUAUCUUGACCUUUUCGAGAAUAAAAUUGAAUAUUUGGAAGCUGAUUUAUUCAAAUUCAACAGAAGAUUGGAAGUGAUUUGGUUGAGCAACAACAAAAUUAAGUUUAUCGAUGACAAUGUCUUUCAAGGUUUAGGAAUCAAGAGCCUUUAUCUUGCCUAUAAUGACUGCAUUUCAAAAUCUGUCACUGAUAAUCCUACAAGUCUAAUGUACUUCCUUGACAUGAUUAAAAUCUCAUGCGGCGUUAAGUCUAAAAAUGCAAAAUACAAUCCAAAAGAUGGUGAAUCCAUUGAUGAUGACUAUGAUGACACACUACUUCCUGAGGAAAAGACAGCAAAUGAGACAGAAGCAAUAAUUCAAGGUUUGACAGCAAAACUUCGUACAGUUGAGGAUGAAGUUGCAAAGCUAAAGAAGAAACGCGAGCAGGCAAUGAUUUGGCUUGUCCAGUAUGAUGAUGAGAAUAAGAAGUUAAAAGCUGAGCAGAAUGAAACACAAACAAAAUUGGCAACUCUUGAAGAAAAUUUAAGGAAGACUGAAAAAACUGGCGUCGAUUUUGUUAAUCAACUUUUUGGACUUCGCAGUGAUUUGAACAAACAAUCGGAAUCGACAAAUGGAAUCGUCAUCGAUCUCAAAAAUAGAAUCAAUUCUGACAAAGAAACUUUAAAGAACAUGGAAAAUGAUCUAUCAAAAAUCCGCGAGCAGAACUUUAAACUUUUUGAAGAGAAUCGCAGAUUAAACCAAAAUUAUGAUUCACUUAAAGAAGGCAAGGAAGGACGUGAUGUGACUUUUAUAACUGUGAUUGUUCUGAUGGCAGUGACACUUGUUGGAGUGGUUGGAUUUAAUUUUUACAAAAAGAUUCGAGUCAGUCCAACGAUUAGAAAAUUCAAUGAUUUUGAAAAUGCAACAAUGAAAUUGGUUGAUGAUGAUCAUAAUGCAACCGCAUCUGUGCAUUAAGGUGAAUUAGAUGAUUUAAAUGUUGAUGAUCUUGUAAAGCAAUGUUAACAAAUGAGAUAUGAUCAUUUGGUAUUGUAGAAUAGUAAACAUAAUCAUUCUAUUAUAUAAGAUUUUUUUUCAAUUUAUCUGUCAAAAUUUGAUUGAUUUUUUAAAAUAUGCAAACCAUAAAAAAUAUUUUAAUAUAGAAAAAUAAUAAAUUAAUUUUCACUUAAUCCAUUUUUUUUAAAUUUAAUAAGUUUAAGAAGAGAUGAACGUAAUGAUCGUUUUAAAAAGUUUUUAAUUAAAAAAUAAAUAAAAAAUUUAAGAAAUUUAAAAAAUUAAAAAAUUUAAAACAUUUUAAAAAAUAUAAGAAAUUUUAAGCAUUUACAAAAUUCAAAAAAAUUAAUAAAAAUAUUAAAAUAUUUUAAUUCAUUUAAUUUUAUAUAUUUAUUAGACAUUUGAAUUGAGUUGAUAUAAACUAUAUAUUUUUUAAAUAAUUGUAAUCUCCUCAAAUACGUAAAUGCCAGAAAUAAAUCAA